GGCCGCGCCGGCUCCGUGGCCACGGCCACCAAGUGGUUCAGCGGGGCGCCCUUCGGGGUGCAGAGCCACAGGUUUGACGUUUCCGCUGUUUACCCCAACCAGAAGAAGUUCAGUACCUUCACCGAGGCCCCAUACUCCAGGUAUCAUUCCGUGGAAAUGUCCCACAUAGGGCCUGGGAUCUACAGCUCCAAGGAAACCUGCUUCAGCAAGCAGAAGCUGAAGAAGGAGAUGGACACAGGCUGGGCCAAGGCACAGGAAGCCACCCGGCUGACCAAGCUGCCCCACUUCCAGUACCAGGCCAUCAUGAGAGAGAAGCAGCAGCAGGAGCAAAAGUUGGGGCCCGGCUCCUACAACUUCAAAGACUUCUUACAACUGCUACAGCAGAAACCAUGUAGCACCCGAGGGCUGCUCAGCUCUGGGGAGAUUCGCUUCCGAGGACUCAUUGGGAACUACUAUCCAGGCCCCGGAAAUUAUGGGGAGAAGGGCAACCCAUACACGAAGCUGGAGGAGAACCACUGGAACCGGUCCCAUUCUGAGGGCCUCAUGUGCAGGAUGACCAACAAGCCACCCCCCUUGGUGCAUCAGGGGAGUGGUCUGGGACCUGGCACCUACUCCCUCAAAAGCGGCAUCGAGAUGUACCUGGCACGAUCCAUCAGCACUCGCGGCCCCUAUGACACUUACUCUGGUGACAGAAGCAAGCCUCUGCCUCAUGGACAUUACUCUGUGCAGAAAAAAAAGCCCAGGGAACUGAUGAGUGUCAAGAGCUUUGUGGAAGAACUUAAUUCACGUCACAAUAAGAAGCAUGGGAUUUUUUCGAAACUUCCCCGAAACCCGGAAACCCCUACAGAGAGGAUUUACUGGGCCACCAUUAGCCAGUGCCCCCGAAAACUAGCCACAUCAGGUCCUGGUGUGUGGCUUCCACAGGAGAAGGAAUGCAAACACGUCAACCCGCCACCUUUUCUGCUGGCCUCCAAGCGGUCAGGCAUAAAGGCCUACCAGACGAUUCUGGGAAGCUGGAACCCAGUAGGUGUGGGCCGCUACCUCAACACUUGGCUGAUGGAGAAGAAGGACAGACGGCAGCGAUAUCGGUCCCUGUUCAUGGGUGAAUCCAAGCGCUACCCUUCAGACCCGGCCUGGGACAUGCUCAUGCAGGAAAGGAUCACACCUUUUACCAAGGGGAAGUGCCGUCCAACUAUAGAUUACAAUUCAGAUCCUACUCCCUAACGCACAUGUGAAGGACAGUCUGCGAUGACCUGAGGGCCCAAAGGCCUGAAGACAAAUCUGGGGGUGGGAGGAUGGGAGUGGGAAGUGGUGGGGGAGCUUGGAGAAAGGACACAGGAGAAUGCUUGGGAGAGGGGAGAGAUGUGGUGGGCUCACCUUCGCUGGAGCUAUAUACCUGGGGGUCACAAUGUCUGCUGGGACAGCUGGGGCCAGAUAUCUUUUGCUACAAGACACCAGUUAUCCUGAGAAUUCGAAUCAGCCAAUGACAUGAACAAGGAAGCCAGAUAGCAGAUGGACUGAGGGAUGGGAUGUGGUUAUACUCUUGGAACCCCUUCUACUCUAACACCAGAGUGCUUGGCUCCCUGUUCAUUAAAGUCCAAAAAAGAGGUGG